AACCCUUGUGUCGCCUUCCCUCCCCGGCAAACCCCUCCCGCCGACCCCCUCGUCUCGCAAGUCUCGCAAUCCACCUAACCUAACCUAGGGUUUGGAUUUCCUCUCGCCUCCGCCGCUCCCGAAUUCCCCACCGCGCCACCGCCUCGGCCCCAUCACCUCGUCGCCGGCCGGCUUCAACGCCACGAUCCACCUCCCCUGCUCCCGGAUCCCCCGCCGUCACGCCCGGGGUCUCUCCUCCUGAUUCGGCACCACGAUCCACCUCCGGGAUUGCCGCCGCGCCACCUCCUCCGGCUCCAUCAGCUCGUCACGACCGGCGUCUCUCCCUCCUGCUUGCUUCGACGACGCCACGAUCCGCAUCCCCAUCCGCGAUCGCCGCCUCCUGGACCCGGGUCUUCACCGCCUCUCGACUUCGUCUCCCAGUACGCAUAUGCAGCUGCCAUGCCGACUGCUACAGGUGGGGAAGCGCCGGCUUCGGCGCAGGAGUGCACUUCCGUGGGUUUGGGGGCUAGAUUGGUCCGCCUUGAUGGCAACGCCAUUACCACAGUGGCCGACCUUCAGUUGUCCGGUCCAAUUCCUUCUCCACCUCCCCAAGACAUUGAUACAGCCACCAUCAUCUAUGGAGAGGAUAUCAGGCCGGGUACCUACCUGGUUAUUCAUGCAGGAGUUGAUAUCCUUGACAUUGCCAGACUCACUUUCCUUGAGGAACUACCGGUGGCUGCCAGGAAAGGGUAUCCCACGGAAGCGGAAGAGGAGAAGGACGCCAAAGCUGUGGCACUGGCAGGCAGGAAGGGGACUCCCACUGAAAUGGGAGAGGAGGAGAAAGGGGUGGUGGCAACGCCCCAUCAAGAGAAAAACAUGGAGAAACUGGAAGAAAAGAAUAAAGAAGCUGAGAGGUUGGGAAUGGAGGAAAGAGAGGAAGAAGAGGGGAACGAAAGAUUGCGGGAGGAAAAACCAUGGCACAACCAACUGUGGGGCGAAACAGUGCGGGAAGAAAAGAAUUGGCACAAUCAAUUGUGGGGUGAAUCAGUUGAGGAGGAAGACCAUUGGCACAAUCAAUUGUGGGGCAAAACAGUGCGGGAAGGAAAGCAUUGGCACAAUCAAUUGUGGGGCAAAUCACUGCAGGAGGAAGAGCAUUGGCACAGUCAAUUGCGGGGCAAAUCACUGCGGGAGGAAGAGCAUUGGCACAGUCAAUUGCGGGGCUGAUCACUGCAGGAGGAAGAGCAUUGGCACAGUCAAUUGCGGGGCAGAUCACUGCGGGAGGAAGAGCAUUGGCACAGUCAAUUGCGGGGCAAAUCACUGCGGGAGGAAGAGCAUUGGCACAGUCAAUUGCGGGGCUGAUCACUGCAGGAGGAAGAGCAUUGGCACAGUCAAUUGCGGGGCAGAUCACUGCGGGAGGAAGAGCAUUGGCACAGUCAAUUGCGGGGCAAAUCACUGCGGGAGGAAGAGCAUUGGCACAAUCAAUUGUGGGGUGAAAGAUUGCCAAAGAAAAAACAUUGCCACCACCAAUUGUCUUUGAGACUGUGGCCUGGAUUUUCUCGUGCGGUUCUUGUUUUACACUGUUAAGUUUACCCCCUAUAAGUUUUUCUUAAGGAAAGCUGUAGAAGUUUCUGCCGUUAAUAUAUUAGGAAGAAGAUAGCAAAGGGACCAGGCAGUUAGAAAAACAAUUAAGUUCUUGUUUCUUGUCUGAGAAGAUACUGCAAUACAUGUAGGUGUGUGUAGGAGUUGGAUGUAGGUCUUUCUUCUUUGGGUGCUUUUGCUUUGAGGUGAAAGGACUUAAGAGUUUUCAUCUGUAUGCUUAAUCCAGGUUAUCCUAGAACGUUGCCCAAUUGUUAUCUUAUUGAGGACGGUUAGUGUCCAAACACUUUUGAUUUUUUUUAAA